AUGUAUUUCGAUCGCCCAAGUAGACCCAUCCGCCAUCCACCCAACUUCCACCUGCCCGCGAUUCAACUACCCACCGGCCGGCCAACUGAAACUACCACUCGAAACUACCACUCAAGGACCAAGUACUACCACCAACUGCAAGCCAACCGAAAGAUCAGGAAAACCACCCAACCACAACAAUGGACUGGCAUGACUUGGAUGCGAUUGCGACAAGAUCCAAAUCAGCUUGCAAUCCCCGCGCUUCGUCAAGCUUUGACCACGUUUGGAAUCCGCUUGGAGGAAGGUGAAUAUCGCAGCAAAUUGUUCCAACGCUAUGUCAAGCUUGCCCGCAUCGAGUCACCUGAAUCUGUGGAGCGUUGGAUUGAGCUGGACUCGUUGGACGCACCUUUGCCAGCCGCCGAACAACUGGUGGUUUCCAAGUUGAGAAUCAUACUGGCUCUUCACUCGGUCGACUACCCGGCACAAGCGAGUCGCGGGCAUCUAGUCAAGCUAUACAAUGCGCUUGCGAAUGAACUCAAUCCCAGUGGGUCAGUCGUCGAUGUCAGUACCUUGUUGCCCCCCUCACGUUCCGAUCCCAAAAAGAAGAAGAAAAACUCGGAAGCGACCGGCAAAGAACCAUUGCCACCGCCAACGCCGCCACCGCCAACAGACGCCCGAUUUCCCACCUAUGCUGGAAAGACUCGGCGUACUAAGUCUGCAGCCAGGGAGGAUACAUUCUUUCAGCCAUAUCGAUCCUCUGCCAGACCAGCCAGAUCAUCAGUGUGUCACACAUCGCGAAAGUCUGCCGUCUGCCCCUCAUCCCGAACAUCCCAAGCCGCAUCAUCAUCAGGCCGCUACUCCCUUCGACGAUCCCCCCGGUUGAGAGCAGCCCAAGAAGAGUCUGACCCGCCUUCCCAAUCCUCUGACGCGAGGGAUCAAACUUCGGUUUCGGUGAAGGAAGAAUCUGACGAUGACGAUGAAUCUCAGACGCCCACACAUGUCAACCGCUCACCAUCACCCACACGAUCACCAACCCGAGGGCCUUCUCCCUCUGAAGCUGUCGACGGGCACCUUGCCUCCGAUGCCGGUGACUCUGAAAGAACCGCCUCUGAAGCCCCCUCGGAGCCGCCCUCCCAAUCUUUUGAUGGGCGCCAUCCUUCCGAAACCUCCUCCGAUCCGCGUUCCCAAUCUGUCGAUGGACACCAUGCCCCUGAAGCCGGGGACUCUGAGCGAACCGCCUCUGAAGCCCCUUCUGACCCACGUUAUGCCGGUGACUCUGAAAGAACCGCCUCUGAAGCCCCUUCUGACCCACGUUAUGCCGGUGACUCUGAAAGAACCGCCUCUGAAGCCCCCUCGGAGCCGCCCUCCCAAUCUUUUGAUGGGCGCCAUCCUUCCGAAGCCUCCUCCGAUCCGCGUUCCCAAUCUGUCGAUGGACACCAUGCCCCUGAAGCCGGGGACUCUGAGCGAACCGCCUCUGAAGCCCCUUCUGACCCACGUUAUGCCGGUGACUCUGAAAGAACCGCCUCUGAAGCCCCUUCUGACCCACGUUAUGCCGGUGACUCUGAAAGAACCGCCUCUGAAGCCCCCUCGGAGCCGCCCUCCCAAUCUUUUGAUGGGCGCCAUCCUUCCGAAGCCUCCUCCGAUCCGCGUUCCCAAUCUGUCGAUGGACACCAUGCCUCUGAAGCCGGGGACUCUGAGCGAACCGCCUCUGAAGCCCCUUCUGACCCACGUUAUACCGGUGACUCUGAAAGAACCGCCUCUGAAGCCCCCUCGGAGCCGCCCUCCCAAUCUUUUGAUGGGCGCCAUCCUUCCGAAGCCUCCUCCGAUCCGCGUUCCCAAUCUGAAGAUGACGAAGAUGACGCCUCAGAGACACCCACAAGCCACUCUCCCGCCGUGGCGGCCCCGCUCCAAGCCCAUGACUCUCAGCCUCACCUUGCAUCUCGAGCCGCCCCCACCCCCCCGCCAACAUUGGCACGAAGGAGCCAGGCUCUCAAACGAAAGUCGGAAGACACCUCAGAGUGGCCGGACCACUCGCAGCUCUCGCGGGAACAAAUCACAGAGUACUUGGAUCAGCACAACGUUGCGUACAACUCGACCACUCGGACCGCACGGCUGAUUGGCAGCUACAACCUCCUACGCUCCGGCCUCUCCAACCUUGGCAAACGACCUAGAGCUUCUCAGUCCCGCUCUCGGUCAACCUCUAGAGCUUCUCAGUCCCGCUCUCGGUCAACCUCUAGGCUACCUUCUUCCCGUCCUCGCCCAUCUUCCGCACGCAGAAAUCAAUGCAGAGUCGAGAGUAGCGAACCCAAAGACAAUGAUUGUGGGUUUGUAUACUCAAGGCCCGGGCCACCCUCCAGUCCUCGAAAUGAAGCGUCAUCCUCAGGGCCUGCUAGCAGUCGCGCCAACUCACCAUCUUCAGCGUUGUCGUCUAACUACCAACCAUCUGUGGCGUCAACUGAGUCAUUGGAAGCUCCAAUCUCCCGGGCAUCACUCAGCGCCCGUUCAACCUCCACUUCAAGAGAUUUCCCCACUAAAAAUACCGGUCAGAAGCGAGCCAAGAAAAACGAUGCUCCAAUUCAGGCCCGCAAGAAACCAGGAAGACCUCGAGCACAACAAUCCUUGCGCCCAGGACGUCGCCAGUGGCGUCGUCCAUCCUCGACUCAUCAUGAAGAUAUCAACUUUGUUGCUGUUCUUCCUGACGGCUCAAAGAAAAGGAGAAGGCAACAUGACGACCUCUCUUCAAGCGCUGGUCGCAUGAAACGAAUUCGCCCCGGUCCCGAUGAUACUCCUCGUCCUCAAGCCUCCAGGUCACGUAGCACUAGAAAAAGACCCGCUCGACAGAAUAGCUACACACCGCCACCGUCUGGGAACCAUCGCCCUGCUCUGGAUCGAUUUGCUAGCCCUCCUGCCCAUCGGCCUCAAGCCUCAACCUCGGAUCUUCAAUAUUCUAGCCAACCUGCUCACCCGGAUCACUCUUCUAGCCCCCCCAUCAAUCCUUACACAUCCGGCUCAAGAUCAAGACGCCAUAGGCACCGCAUUAUCUCUGACGACGAAAAUUCUGACGACGAGUUGGAAGCCAAUGGAGCUGCCCGAAGAAAAAGGAAGCAGCCCCAUCACCCUUUGUCAAGCCCGCCACACGCCAAAAGACAGGCCGCCCCGGUCUUGCGACGUAUCCCGACCAAUGCAGAAGUUCGCCGCCGAAGACAAAGACAACAAAAUGCUGAAGAUCGAGCCCGGCGCAACAGCGUUCAGAUCCAUCCAACUUUCCGCGACGACGAGGAGGUGAUCAUGCCAAGUGAUCCCAGUGGCGUUCAGGGGUGGAGGUCCUCCCUCCCGCGUGAUUUCUCAGGCCUGUCAGGAUCAGAACCGUCAUCCCCUUCUGGACCAGCGCCCCCACCAGAUCAAACCCACAGUGGCCUUGUGGCCAGCUGCUGCUCUGGUCAGCAAUUGGUAAGUCAGCUGACACAGGCAACCGGGAUCCUCACCGAGGCUCUUGAGCAGGUCAACCUCUCUCAACUCAGGCCGAGCUCCAGUGGUGAACCGAGCUCUUCAUCUGGUCCUCGUCCUUCAGGAUCGGGAGAACCUCGCAACCUCACUCUUUUGGCACGAGUCCGCCUGCACAUCAAGACCCUCUUUGGGAAGUGUAUGGCCUUGAAUCAGUUCCCACCCCCUGCGACCGACCGCGAGAGAGCCAACUGGAAGAAUGAAGAUUUCGACAAUGACGACUCAGACGAUGAAAGCACGGCCUCUAGCGUGGCUUCGUAUGUCGACCCGGCAUUCCCAUAUCCCAACGGUCCCGGCCAUAAGAAGGCUUCCCCGGCUACACUCUCAAUCAUGUGGCGGACCAUGCGACGGGCUGGUGUUGUUUCAUUCAGGCCUGACUUGGCCCGGGGUCCCCGUGAUACCGACAACGCAUUCCUAUGGGAUCUUGCUCAUACGAUCUUCAUGAAACUCGUUCGAGCGCAGGAGUAUUUGGAUAUCGACCUUGAGAAUUGCUCCACCGAAAAAAUCCACGACGCAAUUUACGCUCAUGCCAAACAGAUACAUCGAACGUAUCGAGAGGCAGCCUGGAAUCCCCAACGGCUCGACCAGAGGGCUAUCAUGAAACGUCGACUCGCGCGCACUCAUCGGCUCCGCGAUAUGCGAGUCAAGUUUCUGACUAGCCGGGCAGGCCUUGUUCCUCUCAUUCCGGUUGUGACUCAUUGUACGAGUGAUGCCGAUACUGACGAGGAAGGCUCCGAGGAAUCUGAAGGCUCGGAUACGAACACCAACGGUCAACGUCAAAAACGUGUGGUAGUCAAACAUCUUCCAUGGCGCCAUCCUCGGAUUGGGCGAGCAUUCAAACUCAUCGAUAAACUUAUCACGCUGAAGCGAGAAUCCGGCUGCAAAAAAUAUGGUAAGUCAACCUGUACCCGUGUGCAACCUCGUCGACAAAAGAUCAGCCAAAGAUCCUGUCCCAAAUCACUUCCCUCCGAUGCCAUAUGUGAUGAGUGGCUCCAAGGACAAAGACCCCGCCAGAUCAAUGCCUUAUCAAUUCAAUCUCUCCCGGCUCUGAGGCCUGUCAUUAGAGAGUUAGAGCGGAUGACCUAG